GGCUCGGUCUGAAGUUACCACAACAGGAAGCGUCACUGUCGCUAAAAACAUUGGAGCAGGAAAAAAGUGCAACAAAAACGCUGUCGAACACGAAGCUACAGGAAUGUUUUCCUAUUUUUAAGAAAAUGUGUUGAUUUGUGAGAUAAUAUAUAUUUUUAUUUUUAUAUAUAUAUAUAUAAUCCACAACUUGUCUUCAUUUGAUCGUCAUCCAUCUUGAAAACGGUCGAGUUUGCGUCACUAGCAGCCCUCGAUAGAUAGCUUUGUGUUGACCAAAAUGGAUGACAGCAAGAUGGUGGGAGGUAAAGUGAAGAAACCCGGUAAACGAGGCCGUAAACCCGCUAAAAUUGAUCUGAAAGCCAAGUUGGAGAGGAGUCGUCAGAGCGCCCGUGAGUGCCGAGCCAGGAAGAAACUCCGGUAUCAGUAUCUGGAGGAACUCGUGUCCAGCAAGGAGAGGGCCAUCUGCGCCCUGAGGGAAGAGUUGGAGAUGUACAAGCAGUGGUGUACAGCCAUGGACCAGGGGAAGAUCCCGUCUGAGAUAAAGGCUCUACUGACGGGAGACGAACAGAACUCCUCCACCAAGACCUCGAAGAACAGCAACCAGAGCUGAUGUGUUGGCGGCGCCACACCAGAACUAGUCCGACUGUCCGUUUUUUGUUUUGAGGUGACAGACCCGGGUUAUAUUCAUUAUGGGGGGGGAAAUUAUAUCAAACGUUGUGCAACAGAAAACAAGGGUGUUCGUGUGUAAUACCUACCAGCUCCCCACUUUUUUUAUUCGUCCUGUUUGCUUCCGUUUGUUGCCCUAGUGAAUAUGCCCCAGAGCGAGUCUGUCUGUCUGCUGGAAGGUUCCAGCGCUAGGCAGCAGGUACUCCGUCCAUCAUGCCAGAACGCUCCACUGUAUAAGGCCUCUGUGACGGAGAGUGAAGCGGUGUCUCACCGGUCUGUCUGUUUCAGCCACCCCCCCGCCCCCCGUCCUCCGUCCUCUAGAGGAGACGUACAGCAACAGAACUGUCUGAGAUACAUAUCAUUACUAACGCUGGGGGGGGGACGACGACGACCUUCAGAGUAAUAGUUCAUAUUAUUUACAGUCGUAAUCCACCUGACUGGCCUGAUUUUUAUCAUGAGUGGUUCACUAUCACAACACUCGGAUUCGUUAAUGUUAAUCAUGUCAAAUAUGUUAUUUAGUUACAGCUAUAGACAGCCUGUAUUUAGUUACAGCUAUAGACAGCCUGUAUUUAGUUACAGCUAUAGACAGCCUGUAUUUAGUUACAGCUAUAGACAGCCUGUAUUUAGUUACAGCUAUAGACAGCCUGUAUUUAGUUACAGCUAUAGACAGCCUGUAUUUAGUUACAGCUAUAGACAGCCUGUAUUUAGGUACAGCUAUAAACAGCCUGUAUUUAGGUACAGCUAUAGACAGCCUGUAUUUAGGUACAGCUAUAGACAGCCUGUAUUUAGGUACAGCUAUAGACAGCCUGUAUUUAGGUACAGCUAUAGACAGCCUGUAUUUAGUUACAGCUAUAGACAGCCUGUAUUUAGUUACAGCUAUAGACAGCCUGUAUUUAGUUACAGCUAUAGACAGCCUGUAUUUAGUUACAGCUAUAGACAGCCUGUAUUUAGUUACAGCUAUAGACAGCCUGUAUUUAGUUACAGCUAUAGACAGCCUGUAUUUAGGUACAGCUAUAAACAGCCUGUAUUUAGGUACAGCUAUAGACAGCCUGUAUUUAGGUACAGCUAUAGACAGCCUGUAUUUAGGUACAGCUAUAGACAGCCUGUAUUUAGGUACAGCUAUAGACAGCCUGUAUUUAGUUACAGCUAUAGACAGCCUGUAUUAUUGCACAGUUUUAUUUACAUUUCCUUGUCUCAAAUGUUUUAGCUUCUACGUGUGAGAAUCGAGGAAGCGUUUAAUGGUAUAUGGAUGUGAACCCAAGACGGAAGAAGUGAAAGGGUUUUAAGGCUGUGCAUUCAUCCAAAACAAAAGCAAUUACUCUUAUUUGACUUGUAUUGGUUAUGACUCCGUUUUGUAUCUGGAGCAGAACUAUGCCAACAUCCCAAAUGGCACUCCGUUCCCUUAAAGUAGUGCACUAUGUAGGGAAUAGGGUCCCAUAGGGCCCUG